CGCCGCGGCGGCGGGGGCGGCCAUGUCGGUGCAGGAGGACCCGGUGCAGCGGGAGAUCCACCAGGACUGGGCCAAUCGCGAGUACAUUGAGGUGAUCACCAGCUCCAUCAAGAAGAUCGCGGACUUCCUCAACUCCUUCGACAUGUCGUGCCGGUCCCGGCUGGCCACCCUGAACGAGAAGCUGACGGCGCUCGAGCGCAGGAUCGAGUACAUCGAGGCCCGGGUCACCAAGGGCGAGACGCUGACGUAGGCCUGGGGCGGCCCCGGGCCCCCCCCCACCCCGCCGGAGCACCGCCGCCCCGCACCCUGCUCGGGGCCUGCCACCACCGCCGCCUCUGCUUGUGUUGCCAAUAAACCGCUGUGCUCCUGC